CGUUUCUCUUUAAUACUAUUAUUUAUUCUACAUUCUGAUUAUUUUACAUAAAUUUCAUUUCAGUAUUUAAGAGAGCUUUUUUUUCUCUUUUUCCUCUGAAAACUUUAGGCGAAGCUGUUCGAUUUUCUUCAAGGGUACUUGACUGUGGUCGUACGCGUUUUGGUUUUGCUCUCUCCACACACGCACACACACAUAUAUAUAUAAAUCGAUAUAGUAGCUAGUAGUUAUAGUUACUGGUGAAGAAGAGGAACAAGAGGGUUAACUUAUGAGAUGGAAAAUUAUCUGAAUGAAAAUUUUAGAGCGGUGCAAGCGAAGCACUCGUCGGAUGAGGCGUUGCAGAAAUGGAGACAGCUAUGCUCCAUCGUCAAAAACCCCAAACGCCGAUUUCGUUUCACCGCCAAUCUCUCCAAGCGUUUCGAAGCCGCUGCUAUGCGCCGAACCAAUCAGGAGAAGCUAAGAGUUGCUGUUUUGGUCUCAAAAGCUGCAUUUCAAUUUAUUCAAGGAGUGCAGCCAAGUGAUUACACUGUACCAGAGGAAGUCAAAGCCGCUGGUUUUGACAUUUGUGGUGAUGAAUUGGGGUCCAUUGUUGAAGGCCACGAUUUAAAGAAGCUUAAAGUUCAUGGUGGUGUAAAUGGCAUUGCAGAAAAGCUAACCACAUCAAUAGACAAGGGGCUCAACAUUGAUGCUGAGUCAUUAAACCGAAGGAUAGGCGUUUAUGGACUCAAUAAGUUUACAGAGAGUCAAACAAGGAGCUUCUUGGUAUUUGUUUGGGAAGCAUUGCAAGAUAUGACUCUUAUGAUUCUUGGUGUUUGUGCUUUUGUGUCUUUAAUAGUUGGCAUUGUAAUGGAAGGGUGGCCAAAAGGAGCUCACGAUGGUCUUGGUAUCGUGGCGAGUAUCUUGCUAGUUGUCUUUGUCACAGCAAUAAGCGAUUAUCGCCAAUCUUUGCAGUUCAAGGACUUGGACAAGGAGAAAAAGAAAAUUUCUAUUCAGGUUACAAGAAAUGGAUUCAGGCAGAAAAUGUCAAUUUAUGAUUUACUUCCUGGUGAUAUAGUACAUCUUUCUAUUGGCGAUCAAGUUCCUGCAGAUGGAAUAUUUGUCUCAGGAUUCUCGGUCUUGAUUGAUGAAUCGAGUUUAACUGGUGAGAGUGAGCCAGUAAUGGUAACUGCUGAAAACCCUUUUCUUCUUUCUGGAACUAAGGUUCAAGAUGGGUCAUGCAAGAUGAUGGUUACCACAGUUGGAAUGAGAACCCAAUGGGGUAAACUUAUGGCCACUCUUAGUGAAGGUGGAGAUGAUGAAACCCCCUUGCAAGUAAAGUUGAAUGGAGUGGCCACCAUUAUUGGAAAGAUAGGUCUUUUCUUUGCUGUUGUGACUUUUGCAGUUUUAGUUCAAGGACUAGUUAAUCGCAAGCUGCGAGAGGGGUCUCACUGGAGCUGGUCUGGUGAUGAGGCAUUGGAAAUGUUGGAAUUCUUUGCUAUUGCAGUUACAAUUGUUGUUGUUGCUGUUCCAGAGGGGUUGCCAUUGGCUGUAACUCUGAGUCUUGCUUUUGCCAUGAAGAAAAUGAUGAAUGAAAAAGCGCUUGUAAGGCACCUUGCUGCUUGUGAGACUAUGGGAUCAGCGACAAGUAUCUGUAGUGACAAAACUGGGACUCUGACUACUAACCAUAUGACUGUUGUGAAAUCAUGCAUUUGUAUGAAUGUCAAGGAUGUCAGCAAGAAUAAUAAUGACUUGCUCUCCAAUUUGCCUGAUUUUGCUGUCAAGCUUCUCCUUCAAUCAAUUUUCACUAACACUGGUGGAGAAGUUGUGGUUAACAAAGAUGGAAAACGUGAGAUAUUGGGAACACCAACUGAUACUGCUUUGCUAGAAUUUGCCUUGUCUCUAGGUGGAGAUUUUCAGGCAGAGAGACAGGCUGCUAAGCUCAUUAAAGUUGAGCCUUUCAAUUCAACAAAGAAACGGAUGGGGGUGGUGUUGGAGAUUCCUGAAGGAGGUUUGAGAGCUCAUACUAAAGGUGCUUCGGAAAUAGUCUUGGCUAACUGUGACAAGGCUAUCAAUGCAAAUGGUGAAAUUGUUCCACUUGAUGAAGCAUCCAUUGAACAUCUCAAUGCAACAAUUAACCAGUUUGCCAGCGAGGCCCUUCGGACUCUAUGCCUUGCCUACAUAGAACUUGAAAGCGGGUUCUCUCCUGAGAAUCCUAUACCAAUUUCUGGAUAUACUUGUAUAGGAGUUGUUGGUAUUAAAGAUCCUGUCCGCCCUGGAGUCAAGGAGUCAGUUGCAGUUUGCCGUGCUGCUGGCAUUACAGUAAGAAUGGUCACCGGUGACAAUAUUAACACUGCCAAGGCUAUAGCAAGGGAAUGUGGGAUACUUACAGAUGAUGGAAUUGCCAUUGAAGGUCCUGUAUUUAGGGAGAAGAGUCAAGAGGAAUGGCUUGAACUUAUACCUAAAAUUCAGGUGAUGGCUCGAUCUUCGCCUUUAGACAAGCAUACACUGGUGAAGCAGUUGAGGACCACAUUUGGUGAAGUUGUUGCUGUGACUGGGGAUGGAACAAACGAUGCCCCAGCACUUCAUGAGGCAGAUAUUGGAUUAGCCAUGGGAAUUGCUGGAACUGAGGUGGCUAAAGAGAGUGCAGACGUCAUAAUUCUAGAUGACAAUUUCACCACAAUUGCUACAGUGGCAAAAUGGGGACGUUCUGUUUACAUAAACAUUCAGAAAUUUGUACAGUUUCAGUUGACAGUAAAUGUGGUUGCUUUAAUUGUGAACUUCUCUUCAGCUUGUCUAACAGGAAGUGCUCCCCUCACAGCUGUUCAACUUUUGUGGGUGAACAUGAUCAUGGACACCCUUGGAGCUCUCGCGCUUGCAACUGAGCCUCCAACCGAUGACUUAAUGAAGCGAACACCAGUCGGAAGAAAAGGAAACUUCAUCAGCAAUGUCAUGUGGAGGAACAUUCUGGGCCAAUCUCUCUACCAGUUUGUGAUAAUAUGGUUUCUCCAGGUUAAAGGGAAAGAGAUAUUUGGUCUGAGUGGCCCAGAUUCUGAAUUGAUCCUUAACACACUUAUUUUCAAUUCAUUUGUCUUUUGCCAGGUUUUCAAUGAGAUAAGCUCACGAGAGAUGGAGGAAAUAAAUGUUUUCAAGGGCAUAUUGGAUAAUUAUGUGUUCGUGGGAGUCCUUGCAUGCACUGUCGUCUUCCAAAUAAUUAUCAUUGAGUUCCUUGGAACAUUUGCAAACACCUCUCCCCUCACUUUUUCUCAGUGGUUUCUAAGUUUGUUCGUUGGGUUUCUGGGCAUGCCCGUUGCUGCAGGCUUGAAGAUGAUCCCGGUUUGAACCAGCCUUUAGGUGCCACUUCUUUCAAUUAAUCUUCAUUCUCAGCAGACUGGUUCUAUAUAUCAUCAAGUUAGAGAACAAGCUUAAAUUAGAAAACUUUCAGGUAUAUUUAAUUAAACCUAUGUUUGGAACCCAGAUUUUACGAGGGAAAUAAAAAUAACAAAAUAGAGGGACUACAACAUAAGCUUAACGUAACUUGGAUGACUUAAAAUUCUCCCAAAAUUAAGUUUGAAGAGAAAAUUAUAUGGAAAUGUUCUCUCUUUUCUUUAUAAUUUUCACUAUAAAUUGGGUCCAAACUGAGCCUAAGUUCUAAUUUUUCACAGUAGUCCUGUAAAUUACUCUGAUUUCUUCUUUCUUUCAUUUUUUUUUUCUUUUUCCUUAUUUCUUUCUUACUUUCGUUUUUUUUUUGUUUUUGUUAGUCAUUUCACAGAAAUUUUCUUUGUAAGGCUAGAUUCUCUUCUUUGUUUUACUAUUAUUUAUAUUUGCAAGUGACAUGUAACUGUAUUUUAUUAUGGUAAUGGAAUUGGAAUAUUUGUAAUAUUCUCCUAAA